GAAAUAUCUAUCUUUGUGAAAGACUUACCUAAAGAGGCAUCAAACCUUCGGAUGGCUUUAAUUUCGGAUCUUCACGCAGGGGCGUGUGUGGGUAGAGAGGAGAUCGCUGAGGUAGUUGAUGUAGUGAAUUCUCAAAAUGUUGACGCCGUUUUCCUUGUAGGGGAUGCUGUAGAUGGAGAGAGAAAUGAAACUUAUGAUCGUCUGGGACCUCUCCAGUUUUUGAAUUCGAAUCUUGGAACUUUUUAUGUCUCUGGGAACCACGAAUAUUACUAUGGAAAUGCAAUGGAGUGGUUCAGGCAGUUUCGAGAUUAUGGGAUUAAUGUUCUUGAUAACCAGUGUGUCAAUUUGAGCGGCGUUUGUUUGGCUGGCGUUAACGAUUAUUCCAGUGGUCGCAGCGGCAUUGAAGGUCAUAAGUUUGAUCCAGAAGCAGCUCUUCGCGAUUGUGAUCCAACUAAACCAAUUAUUGUCCUUUCGCACAAUCCAGCAUCUGCUACUCAAAUAAUUCGCAGCUCAAAAAAGAGAAGAGUCGAUUUGAUUCUUUCCGGUCAUACACACGCAGGACAGUUCUAUACUAUGGUCCCCUUAGUUUAUUUUAUUUUACCAUAUUUUCAUGGAAAGUAUAUUUUUGAUGAAGGAACACAGCUGUUCGUUUCAGCAGGAACGUUAUAUCAAGGCGCUCCCAUGAAAAUGAUUGGGUUUACAGAAUUGUGGAUUAUAACCUUGAAGGCGUCUUAA